AUGACGACGCGACAUUCUGAUCGUUUGCUGACGCAACAUUCCGAACAUUUGCCGACGCAACAUUCUGAUCGUCCGCCGACGAAACGCGACGAUGUUCUGCCGACCAUCUUCUUCAUAACCCCCACCUACGCCCGACCGGUUCAGAAGGCAGAUCUCACCCGCCUAUCCAAUACGCUGCUUCACGUCCGCAACCUGCAUUGGAUCGUGGUGGAAGAUUCGACUCAGAAGACGUCUCUAGUUAGCCGAUUCCUCAACAAGACGGGACUGAAAUACACGCACCUCACCGCUCUGUCGCCUACGUUUAAAACAAUUACCAAAGGGACAUUACAAAGAAACGCGGGUUUGUCGUGGCUCAGGCAGACCUUUGACGUUAAAAACCAUCCGCCGGGUGUUGUCUACUUCGGAGAUGAUGACAACAGUUACAGCCUGCAAUUGUUUGAAGAGAUGCGAUGGACCAAACGCGUAUCGGUGUGGCCCGUCGCCUUCGUUGGUGGAGCUUGGUACGAAACUCCCAAAGUAAAUAAUUUGGGAAAGUUUAACGGCUGGGAUGUUAAAUACGACCCGAGUCGGAAAUUUGCCACUGACAUGGCGGGCUUUGCAAUAAACCUGGACCUCAUCCUGUCCAAGCCGAAGGCAUUUUUCAACUUAAAUAUCGCCGGCGGUUACGAGGGCACCUUGCUAAGGGAUCUAGUCACCCGCGAAGACCUGGAGCCUAAAGCGGCAAACUGCACUCAGAUAUUAGUGUGGCACACCCGCACAAGCAGUCCAAACAGCUCAGGGGAGAAAGGGAUCAAAUAUUCAGACAAGAAAUUGGAGGUGUGA